UGUCAACUCGGUCUCUGAAGUCUGGACAUCUUCAAAGAUAAAAUUAGGAUGGGAAGAAUCUAAGGAAACUAGGAUGGGAAGAAGCGAGAGCAACGUCUUACUGAACUGACGCGUGACUAUUCUUCAGAGCCUACCUUAAACCCUAAUUUUCAUAAUACUGCCUGCUGCUCUGUUCAAGUUCUUGGUUGUUAUCUCCAAUGGAGGAAGAAAAUUUGGAUACCCCCAAAUCCGUACUUUACGAGACCCUGAGUCCCUUCUAUCUUUCAACCCCCGACCAGUCACCAGUUCCCGAUGAACUAGAGCCCUAUACUGUUUUCCGGAACGAAAUUUCUCUGUCGACCCUUCAAUCUCCUUCGCCGGAGACUUCUGCCCCCGAUUUCUUUUCUCUCGAAGUUGGCACUGAUGAGGCUUCUGAGCGAGAAUCCCUCUCUUUCCAAUUGCCUGAACCAGCUGCAGCUACUGAGCCGAAGACGCCGGCUCUCGUGUCUGAGCCAAAGCUUGAGAGCAGCUGGUUUCGCGGAAACUGCAAAUUCAGGAGUCCCAUGCUUCAACUGCAUAAAGAGAUAGUAGAUUUUUGUGAAUUUUUGUCACCUACUUUGGAAGAAAAAGCUGCACGUGACGUGGCAAUAGAAUCUGUGUUUCAAGUGAUAAGACAUAUAUGGCCUCAUUCCCAGGUUGAAGUUUUUGGGUCUUUCAGGACUGGGCUAUAUCUUCCAACUAGUGAUAUUGAUGUUGUGAUUCUGAAGGCAGGCUUGCCAAGUCCACAGCUUGGCCUAAAUGCACUUUCUCGGGCAUUUUCACAGAGGGGCAUGGCGAAAAAUAUCAUGGUCAUUGGAAAGGCUCGAGUGCCAAUUAUUAAAUUUGUUGAAAAGAAAAGUGGUCUUUCAUUUGAUAUAAGUUUUGAUGUGGAUAAUGGACCCAAGGCUGCUGAUUAUAUUCAGGAAGCAGUGGCUAGAUGGCCCCCAUUACGGCCUUUAUGUUUGAUUUUAAAAGUGUUCUUGCAGCAAAGAGAACUAAAUGAGGUAUAUUCUGGUGGGAUUGGUUCUUAUGCUCUCCUCGUCAUGCUUAUGGCAAUGCUACGAUGUACUAUUGAGCACUGCAUAAAACAUCUGACAAUUCAUUUCCCAAUGAUUUAUCCUGCUCUCCUACAUGGUGUUAUUGUAUGUGCUACAGAAUGUCCGAGAGAGCCAAGUAUCUGCAGAACACAACUUGGGAGUCCUUUUGAUGUUGGUGUCUCGUGCAAUGGGACAGGCACAUUUUUCUUGAAGAGCAAGAAAGGGUUUUUAAACAAGGGUCGACCGAGUCUUUUGGCAAUUGAGGAUCCCCAGGCAGCCGAGAAUGACAUUGGAAAGAACUCGUAUAAUUAUUUCCAGGUUAGGUCAGCUUUUGGGCUGGCUUUCAAAACGCUGACCAAUCCCAAUAUCAUCCUGAGCUUAGGCCCUAAAAGAAGUAUUCUUGGAACUAUAAUUAGACCAGACCCUGUCUUGCUGGAGCGUAAGGGGGGUUCAAAUGGGGACGUAACUUUUGCUGCCUUGCUUCCCGGAGCAGGCGAGCCAUUACAAGUACAAUGUGGAGAUCACGAUAUCUUAGGUAACUGGGAUAUUGAUGAUGAAGAAUCCUUGCCUCGGGGAGGAGAUUCUGCUGGGGAUAAAAGCACUUCAGGGAAGAAGAGAAAAUCUUCAUUUAGGGAAAAUCCCAAAAAGAAGCUAAAAGAAAAUGGGCAUUUGGGAAUGGUGCGGAAUGAAGAGAAUGUCUCAGGGAAAGAGAACGGCAGUAAGAAGAAGAGUAGGAGAAAAUCAUGAUGAAGCGAUAAUUUGUUUUGAAAGUUGACCUCAAGUGUUUUGAGAUUUUUAACCUUCAAAAUGAGGCAUAUAGAUCUCAAUCUGGUCCGUGUAACAGUAGCUAGAGUGAGGCACACUUGUGCACCUGGAAGUCCCAAGUCAUUUCAAAUGACUCCUGGAUGCGAGCUUUUAGUUUUCCCAGAGGCAUCCACAUCGACAAUUUUUGAUAUUUGUAGGUUCUUAAUUCAUUGUCGUCAUACGUCCUAUUACUUAGAGUAGCUUGUGCAUUUCUAGGAACAGAAGCGAAAUGAAAAGCGUAGUGGCUGUAAAAUGAGGGACAAGAGUCAUGUCCUUUGGAGUUGAUGAUGUCAUUCUAUAAUAUUUUAUGGACCAAAACAUCUGUAUCAUAACGUCAAUUAUUAUUUAUGAUUUUAUUGGCUUCUUCGUCGCAUUC